GAUUUUCAACUUCUCGUGUUAGAAAUUUAAUUAUAAACUCCUGAGCAAAGCGGGCAGAGGUUUGGUUUGGUAAUAGAUCCGGCGGAGCAAACUGGUGCUGUAGGGCGGCGGUUGGAUUAUCUUAAUCUUCACAACACACAGAUUAGAGUAUGGAAAAACCUGCUGGAUCUGAAUCUGAUGAUUUGAACUUUGGUUUAUUACUAUCUGAUGUACUUGAACGUCAUGGUUCAAGCUUAGAUUUACUUGAAUCUGAUGAUGAUGAUUCUGUGGUUGUGGAAGGAGGACGACAGGACCUAACUGAGUUAGGAUCAACCAGCGUAGAUAAUAAAAGCCUAUCCAAAACCAUUACAUUAGAUCCAUUGGUUGAGCAGUACAGCCAUGUAAGAUGUGAGGCUGUUAUCGAAAUAUUAGAGGCCAAAGUUGUUUAUAACGACAAUAUAAGCCUUGAUGUGUAUGGUGAUAUCAGAAUUUUGGAUUUGAAACAAGGCAGGGAGUUCAUAGUUUAUGAGCGAGAUCAAUUUGAUUCUCCCCAAGGCAUUAGUACUAUCAACAGUUUGUUACAAUUAUCGAGUCCGGGAGAAAUCCCCACUUUUGAUGACCCUCACCUAGCUGUUGACAUAAAAAAUGUCCACACCGGAGCUGUUAUUGCUCGUGGUCAAAAACCUUUAUCUAAAACAACCCAUGAACCCUUUGAUUCUAAUGAUUUUGAGAAGUUAUAUACCCUUCAAUUUCAAGGCGAUGCAGGUGAUUUUGUUGAAUUACAGUGUGUGGCUUUUACAUUUGGGGUAUAUGCUCAAGUGGAAAUAGUUCUGUUUAGAGAUAGUGAUGCUUCUCAUAGUAUGUAUUUAAUUGAAGAUGAAGAAGGGAAGGAUGGUAAAGGGGUUGAAGUCUUUGGUCUGAUUUGUGGUGAGUGUGACCCAUUGAUUCUACCUAAAACAUGCUAUACUAAUCAUCUAUUUAACGUGAUACAAGAGGAGAGUGAAUGGGUCACGUUGGGAACUGAAAUCGCAUUGUCCAAGAGCCUUGUGGCUGUGCCAGCCUAUUCACCACUUAAAAUCUCAAUGGAUUUGAGGGGGUAUGAUGGAAUAAUUGUUCAGGGUACUCAAUCUUUUGAACCUACUAAUUAUGAUGGUGGAAAGAAGUGCAUUCAAGGACUGAAUGGAUUUUAUGUGCGGGUGCAUGUUAAAUGGUGCGAACCAUCACUCCUAAACAAGCCUUGGUGUGAUGAUGACAGAAUUGCACGCUUUUGUUCUAUGACUCAUGAGCCUAGCUUAUAUGCUUCACAACUUUUAGAGGUGUUCUCUUUGUUUAUCUCCCACCCAAAUGAGCAGGAGGUGAAUUUAUAUGGAUCUGUUAAGAUUUUGGACUCGAAGGGCUGGUGCAGCAUCUUCAAUCGUAGUGAGGAUGAGGCAUAUUGCUUGGCGCAGGGUUCCAACUUCUUACCUUUGAAAGAGCCCAAACGAGCUAUUACACCAGGGGAUUUUUUUUCCAUAGAAAUUGAUCUCAGGGACGUUGAUGGACAUGUGAACAUCAAAGGAUUUGUCAAAUCAUCUCCUGAAAUUAAUGAACGUCAAAGGCCUUGGUUUGAUGAGCCACUUCGUUCAGUUGUGAGGAGUGCCAACGAGAAGAGUUUUGCUGUUAUUGAUUAUAUCUUGUUCUCGUUUGCUGUUCUGGCAAUUAUUGAAGUCCGUUUCGUAUUUCAUCACAAAUAUUUUGAUCAUGUCAAAAUUUAUGGUGACAUUACCACCUAUACUGCACAGGGGUUUCGAAGAGUACUCUUUACUAGGAAGAAAGAAAACUUUUUAAAAAUAAAGGAUGACUUAAAACUUUUGACAAAACACGUGGUGGUGCCAAUGCGAUCCCCCCUGCUUACUAAAGUCGACCUGUCUUUACGAACUAGUGGACAAACUUUUCAGCUUAAGAAGCGCAUGAAAUUCCAGAUUGGAGAACCUUGUAAGAUCAUUCAAAGGGAUUGUGUUAGCAUGUUUAUUGAUGUCAAGUGGAAAGGUCUUCCAUAUGUUUGACAUGGAUUUUGAUUACACGAUCUGCUGUUAAAUAUCCUCUUGUGGAUUUCUUGUGAAAUGGCUUGUGUUAUAGAAACAAUGAUAGUAUGGAAGUCGCUGGGAUCAGGAUACCGGAUUGGGCAUUAUGCAUCCCUAAUUUAUAACGAAGAUGAAAUUGUUUUUUCUUCAGUUUCAAGGUUCCUGGUGUUUUUUGCUGUCUUAUAGAUUUUAGAAUUGAUAAUUAUAUAGUUGAUGACGUUUGGAUUAUAUAGACUGAUUAGCAAUUGAUCUUGAUAGCAUGCAUGUUAAUUAGUUAUGAAUGUUAAUACCUUAAUGGAGGGAAGUUUGGAUC